AUGAGCCACCAUAUUGACAAACGAUUUCUAGCUUCUCACAACAGUGGCUUCUAUGGACACUACAGAGGCCAGGUGAAGAGUGAGAGUGCUGAAGAAUAUCGCCUUGCAGCCAAGCCUCAGCCUCCAGCAAUAUUCCAGCAGCAAUGUCAGGAACCUGCACGACAGCACUUCUCCAAGCAUGACAACCGCACUUCCUUUGACAAAGGCCCCUACUCCCUGCUACAGGGAAUUAGAAGAUGGAAAGACCUAGAAUGUCUGUGGAAGAGACACACUUUUCUGCACUGGGCACCUUGUGAACUGGAGAUGAGCCAGCAGGGGCCUCUGGAAUCCUCCUAUCAGACUGAUUUCCAGUCAGACAUGGGACUCAGUAGCCUCCCCCAGUGCUUUGUGCACUUUAUGCAGGUCUAGCUUCCCUAUGCCAAUACCACCUAUGAGCACAACUUCUGCCAGCCAUCCCGGGGUGUCCAUUGUGGUAGCACCAAAGAAAGAUCCCAAGAGCCAGUCACUGCUAUACUGCCUGACCUCCCUGGGAUCCCAAGGCCCCAGCUGCUGCAGCACUAUUUUCAUGCUGGAGUUUCUAAGUGUUUAAACUGGUCCCAAGCAUUAAACAGUAAUAGUUGA